AUGUACAAAUUGUUUCUAUAUAUAUAUCGUUCGAAGCGCGAAGAAGCGUUCCUCGUGCGAGAAACCUACCGCCGCCGCUCCUCACUUCCGCGAGAAGCGAAUGACGCUCGAGCGCUCUUCGCGCGAUCCGGCGCCGGGCUCCGCCUCGUUCGCUAUGUUGAAGCACUCCAGCUUGAGCCGCUCCUUGAUGCUGAGCGGCUCCUCGGAGGCGACCAUUUAGCAUUCGAGUUGAAAUGUCUAUUUUCGCGCCUCUUCGCACUGGGUUCGUCACGUUUUCGAUUAUCCGCUCUAUGUACAUCUCGACGCUCUGCGGCAGCGGCACGCGUGGCGUCGGCCGCUUCGCGAGAGCGUCGUCGACCACUGCGACGCGCUUCGUUGACGUCGCAGUGGCGUCGAGGGCGCUAG